UCUCUCUCUCUCUCUCUCUCUACACGUUACUUCUCAGUUCUCUCCCUCUCUCAUCUCUAUGGUUCGAUCAUGAGUUAGGGUUUGAUCUGGAGCAAAAAUCAAAGAGAAGGCAAGGGUUUUGGCGCAAAAUCCUCGGUUGAUUCACUGGGAAGGCAAGCAUAGUAGUGCAUUAGUUCGGGAUGGAUGAGUUGAGGCAAGGGAAAGGCGUUAUCCCCAACUGUAAGUACAAAGAACAAUUUUUUUUUUCUCGAUCGUGCAUAGCAGUGUGGGGGUUUAAGUUUGUUUGUAACUAAUGAUUUCCCCACUGUAAUACUCAUCUUCCCAUGGUGCAACCCAACUGUACUGCAACUUAUAAUUAGACCUAGAGUGGGGGUUUACGUUUCUUUGCAUUUUUGGGAAAAGAUCGAUUAGCAUGUACAAAAAUAGGUUAGCAUUGUCAAUUAAUUGCAUGUACAAAAAUAGGUUUGUGUGGGGUUUUGUUUCUGAUUCUCAUGCAUCAAUUUUAUAUGACACAAGUGGUCCAUUUUGUAUUAAAGAAACAGUCACUUGAUCUUCUCUCACAAGAAAUGGGUUUUUCGCCUUGCCCAAAAGUUUUUUCGAGAAUUCCUCCCAUGGGUUCAAUCCAGUUUUGUUUUAUUUCCCAAGUUUUUUCUUGUUGGACCCAUCUUUAAUCAAGGAUUCAAGGGGCAUUUCAUACAUUACACGUUUGCAAGCAUUGCAAGCAGAGAGAGAGAGAGAGAGAGAGAGAGAGAGAGAGAGAGAGAGAGAGAGAGAGAGGUGUACUCUGUUUUUUUGUGUGUGUGCAGAUAAUGCAUAUAGAAUGGGUGUAUAUUGGACAUUUGGAGCAAAACACAUGUUUAGUUGGCACCAAUGGGUUGGUCUACCUGGAAUGUCUAUUUUACCCGUCUUUUGGGUUGGGAUCUCACUUGAUAAGCACGUGAGGUUCUUUUCCGUCCAAAAUUUGAGUUCUGUUACCUAUUGGAUCGCAUAGGUAACAGAGUGGAAGUUGAGGGGAUGAAAUUGCCAAAUUGAUAGUUGAGGGACGAAGUAGAGAAAAGUUGCAUAGUUUAGGGGAUAAAAAGAAAAAAAACUCUUAUUUUAACUUCAUUCAACAAUUGCCUAAGCAAAAUCUUGAGCUUUUUGCGCCAAUUUUGGAAUGAACCUUCAAAUCUAACUUUUGAGUUUACAGUGACCUGCUAUCAGAUCAAUAAGUUCUAUCUGCCAGAUUAUUGAAGAAAUCCACUGGAGAUGGACAUAACGUGUAAAGAGGAAGAAUCAGAAACUUUACCAACUUCGGUGUUUGAGUUACCAGGGGAACCUGCUAUUGUUAUCAAUGGCGUUCCUCCAUUGCCCCCGAAUUAUAAUGCUCUUGUACCCUGUGACAUUGUAGGUGAAGCUAAUUCAGACAGGACAACAGGUUUUGGUGAAUGGCUGAAGGGAAGAGAAGUUAGGAAGUUGUUCGGGGAGCAGUUUUAUAAGGGGAAUGUCACUGAGUUUGACAAAGACGCCAGUUGGUACAAGGUGGUAUACGAAGAUGGUGACUAUGAAGAUCUUGAGUGGCAUGAGUUGCAGGAAGUGCUCGUUCCUCUGGAUGUUACUAUGCCGAUGAAAGCAUUGGCUUUGAAGAUCAUCAAACAGAGACAGAAACCCUCUCAUAAAACUGGGAAGAUGGUGACCAAAUCUAGAAACCCUCAAGCGAUACAAACGGGAUUCAGUAGUUAGUUAAUUGGAGACACAAUGUGAAUCUACAACUGCAGACUGCUAGAUUUCAGAACGUAUGCAAUUAGGACAUUGUAAAAGAAAAGCAUGUUUUUGGAGCGAUGAAACAACAUACUGUGAUGACGUGACUGCUAAAUUUCUCAAUCUGAGAACUAUGGGUAUCAAGUUGAGCAACUUUUGCAGCUUA